CUCAUAUAUUUUCAUACAUGAUCGAUCGAUUGCCUGUUCCUGUUCCUCCUCCUCCAUCCUCUUUUUCUUGAUUUUUGGUAGAACUUGGGACGCUAAAAGGACGUCCCUGCCUGCUCGUCGUCGUCCUCCUCCUCUUCUUGUGCAUUUGAUCAAAACGUUUUUUUCAGGUGGAGAUCAUGGCGAACAUCUCAGGGCAUCCUCAAAGGAGCAAAAUAAUGAAAGGCCUUCCAGGGGUUAGCAUCGAAGGCAUGGCCGGCGGGGUCAUCAACAUAUGCGACAUGGAGUCCGUUCCAGCUAAUUCCCCCAACAAUUCAGUGUUCUGGAAACUCGCAAAGCCCAAAAACCCCAACGAUCCUUCCUUCGUCUAUUACGUCCCUUAUUUCUUCAUCCAAUUGGCUCUCAUUCUCUUCGUCAUCCACAUUCUCUCCAUCAUCCUCAAACCUUUGCGCCUCCCUCGUUUCUCCGUCGAAUUGCUGGCUGGGAUUUUGGUUGGCCAUAGUUGCCUGGGACUGAUCGAACCAUGGUACACGAUCUACAUCGUCCCACUCAGCAGCAUCAAGGUGCUGGACACGCUGGGCCACCUCAGCCUCAUCUACUACGUAUUCCUGGUCGGGCUCGACAUCGACCUGUCGGCGAUCAAAGUGGUCGGACGGCGGGCGGUGUACACCGGUCUGACCGGGAUGGUUCUCCCCCUCCUCGUCGGGUUCAUCCAGUUCUUCCUCAUGGCCGCCGACCCGGCCUACCCGGACUUCUUCUCCCAGGAGUACUGGGAGAACCUGGCUCCCGUCAGGCUGACGGGAGCCAUCUUCUGGGGGGUCGCCCUCACCGUCACCAGCUUCCCCGACCUCGCCAGGAUCCUCUCCGACAUCAAGCUCCUCCACACCGACAUCGGCAGGCUGGCCCUGUCGUCCGCCAUCGUCAGCGAGCUCACCUCUUGGAUCCUCCUCGUCGUGGCGCUCACCCUCACCAACGGCACCUUGAACCCGAUGUUCCUCCUCCCGACGCUCACCUUCGUUCUCGUGCAGUGGUUCCUCGUCCGCCCUACCGUCACCUGGGUCCUCAGGUACGCGCGUCACCUGAUCAGGGUGACAGUUCUAAAGUGUCAUUACGGAAGUCUUAUGUAA